GCUACGACUGUUCCCAAAUUCUUCCGACAGACGCGCUCGGGUUUGGCGAUCCCCGCGCCCGCCCGUGCGCCCGGCCGCUGUGUCUCCGCGCUCCGGGGGGGCGGGAUGGCCCAGUGACCGCGGCUCUUCCCUCCACCCGAGCAGGACCUCGGCGUGCUCCCAGGACCGCUGCGGUUCCCCUCGCCAACCGCACCCAUGCUUCUGGCGCGGAUGAAGCCGCAGGUGCAGCCCGAGAACAGCGGGGCGGCCCCGGGGCCGGAGCCGCCCGGGCAAGGGCGCAAAGCCGUGGAGCUGUUGGUGGUGAAAGAGCGCAACGGCGUCCAGUGUCUCCUGGCGUCCGGAGCCGGCGACGAGCAGCCCCGGGAGACCUGGGGCAAGAAGAUCGACUUCCUGCUGUCGGUGAUCGGCUUCGCGGUGGACCUGGCCAACGUGUGGCGCUUCCCCUACCUCUGCUACAAGAACGGCGGCGGUGCCUUUCUGAUUCCGUACACCCUGUUCCUUAUCAUUGCUGGGAUGCCCCUGUUCUACAUGGAGCUGGCUCUGGGCCAAUACAACCGAGAAGGGGCAGCCACGGUGUGGAAGAUCUGUCCAUUCUUCAAAGGAGUUGGCUAUGCUGUGAUCCUCAUCGCCAUCUAUGUUGGCUUCUACUACAACGUCAUCAUCGCCUGGUCGCUCUACUACCUCUUCUCCUCCUUCACCCUCAAACUGCCCUGGACUGACUGUGGCCAUUCCUGGAACAGCCCCAACUGCACGGAUCCCAAACUCCUCAAUAGCUCCGUGCUGGGCAAUCACACCAAGUACUCCAAGUACAAGUUCACGCCAGCAGCAGAGUUCUAUGAGCGUGGCGUCCUGCACCUUCACGAGAGCAGCGGGAUCCAUGACAUCGGCCUGCCCCAGUGGCAGCUCCUGCUCUGUCUGAUGGUCGUCGUGGUCAUCCUGUUUUUUAGCCUCUGGAAAGGAGUGAAGACAUCAGGAAAGGUUGUGUGGAUCACAGCCACGCUGCCCUACCUUGUGCUGUUUGUGCUCCUGGUCCACGGCAUCACGCUGCCCGGCGCCUCCAACGGCAUCAACGCCUACCUGCACAUCGACUUCUACCGCCUAAAAGAGGCCACGGUAUGGAUCGAUGCAGCAACCCAGAUUUUUUUUUCCUUGGGGGCUGGAUUUGGAGUCCUGAUUGCAUUUGCCAGUUACAACAAAUUUGACAACAACUGCUACAGGGACGCCCUGCUCACCAGCACCAUCAACUGUGUCACCAGCUUCAUCUCCGGGUUCGCGAUCUUCUCCAUCCUCGGCUACAUGGCCCAUGAGCACAAGGUCAACAUCGAGGAUGUGGCCACUGAAGGAGCUGGUCUGGUUUUCAUCUUGUACCCAGAAGCCAUUUCCACCCUGUCAGGAUCCACGUUCUGGGCGGUCGUGUUCUUCAUCAUGCUCCUGGCUCUGGGGAUUGACAGCUCAAUGGGAGGCAUGGAGGCCGUCAUCACCGGCCUGGCGGACGAUUUCCAGGUCCUGAAGAGACACCGGAAACUCUUCACAUUUGGUGUCACCUUUGGAACCUUCCUCCUGGCCCUGUUCUGCAUAACCAAGGGUGGGAUGUACGUGCUGACCCUGCUGGACACCUUUGCGGCGGGGACCUCCAUUCUGUUUGCUGUGCUCAUGGAAGCCAUCGGAGUCUCCUGGUUCUAUGGUGUGGACAGGUUCAGCAACGACAUCCAGCAGAUGAUGGGCUUCAAGCCGGGCCUCUACUGGAGACUGUGCUGGAAGUUUGUCAGCCCCGCCUUCCUCCUGUUUGUGGUGGUGGUGAGUGUCAUCAACUUCAAGCCGCUCAACUACGACGACUACGUCUUCCCGCUCUGGGCCAACUGGGUCGGGUGGGGCAUCGCGCUCUCCUCCAUGGUGCUGGUCCCCGCCUACGGCAUCUACAAGUUCUUCAGCUUUCGGGGCUCCCUUCGGGAGAGGCUGGCCUAUGGCAUCACCCCGGAGAACGAGCAUCACCUGGUGGCGCAGAGGGACGUCAGGCAGUUCCAGCUGCAGCACUGGCUGGCCAUCUGACCCGGCCCGAGGAGGAGGCUGCUGUGCCCACGCCCAGGUCCAAGGCUUCGCUACCACCCCGGACACAGCCUUGGCAAUCCUCUCCUGAAAGAUGUUCUUUCCGUCCUUCUUCCUCUUUCCCAGUUGCAAAUGGUUCAGUGACCUGGUUUUUAUUCACCUUCUGUUCAUCUGGCCUGGGGGCUUUGGGUUUCGAUUGGAAAAGCCUCGAGGGAGAAGAGGAGGGGAGGGAACAGGAUGAAGGAUGAAGGACUUCUGCAAAACCUCUUUUGUUUUGAGAAGGUCUCACGCAGCCUGGGAUCUGGCCCAAGCUGAGCCCCAGGCUCGGGAGCAUUGCCCACCACGUUUGCUUGCACUUUGGGUCACAGGAGAAAUCCUGUCCACCAGGUCAGAGAAGGGAUGUUCCCUUUGGCCAGAUGCCAUAGAACCAAACACAGACAAAAAGCCCAGCUGGGUCUAAGGCAGGGGAUCCUCUUUCCCUUGCCACCCAGUCAACGCUGCGGGUCUGAACGUUGGUCAGGGAGCUUGGGUUGGUUUGUCCCCAUCAGGAGCCUGUGGACAGGUGCUUUGAGGGAUCGUGAGCAGAAACCUUCAAAGUUAGUUUUCACUCUGGCUAAGCUGAGUCUGACGUGUGUGUGUUCUGGAACAUUCUUCCAGUUUCUGGUGGUCAGAUGGUCCAGAGCCAUGGAUGUCACGAGGCAAAAAUGUAGAUGAGCCCCAGUGAGCAGGUUCUGCAGAUACUUCUGAGCUCAGAGAGGCCACAUGGGGGUCUUGCUCUGUCGGGCACACAGGGCCCAUAUGUGGCUUCUGAGACCAUCUGGGGGACUUGGGACAGGAAGUCAGCAGAGCCAGAAGUGUGUCUCUACCAUGAAAUUUUCUGCCAUCCUCACAGGGCCAGGCGGAUGCCCAAGGGCACCCUGACAGGCUCUUUGUUUAUUUGUUGUCCACAGACACCUGCAAAGCCUCCCCUGGGGGAUCCCACCCAGCAGGGUCCCCGGCUCUCAUGUGAUGGGGGGUUGGCCCUGAAAACUUUCUUUGUGUCUCUUCGUGAUCUGGACUUGGCAUCUGAGGGCAGAGUGGAGCCAAGUGCAUAGCAACCGGGUCAUUCAAGUCAAGGGGAGAAUAUUCUGAGUUGAUGGAGGAGGUGGGUGGUUUUAGAGAAUUUCCAGCUUGACUUCUGCUACACUUCGCGCCUGGCGCCCUCUGGUGGUGGUAGUGGCUCGUUUCAGCUCAUUCAGAGAACGGAUUCAGAGUUUGGAGGCAUCUGUUUGGGGUUUCUUUCUGUUUGGGGUUUGAAUCUCUUAUGCCCUCGCUAGACAUCAAGAUUCAGAGGUUCUUGUUGUGACUGUGGAAGCCCCUGUUGAAGACUCUUGGACCAUAAAUAAAUAAAGAGGCCAUUCAUCCUGGGAGUGUAGGCAGACACACAUCUGGAAGGUGCUUUGUGUAAAGCUGGGGUGUCCCUGAGCCCAUCAAUCAAUCGUCCAGUUUGCAGAAGAGGGUUAUGUGGGGGCCAGCUGGGGCAGGGAGGCGGUUUUCUCUCUGAAGGUCUUGAGAUUUCCUUGCUAAGUCUGUGUCCUUGGGUUUUCUUUUCUUCUUUUCUUUCUUUCUUUCUUUCUUUCUUUCUUUCUUUCUUUCUUUCUUUCUUUCUUUCUUUCUUUCUUUCUUUCUUUCUUCUUUCUUUCUUUCUUUUUCUUUCUUCUUUCUUUCUCUCUCUCUCUUUCUUUCUUUCUUUCUUUUUUUUUGAGAAAAGAGGAAAAAUCAGAAGACUUUUGAUCUUUUCAUGUAAAAAGGCCAGCUCAAAGUCUAAGGCAGUCCAGGUGGCAGGGGUCUUGGACCACUGUGGAAGGCGGGACCUGGGAGUGAGUGGAGCAUCCCACAGAGUGGAGCAUCCCACAGAGUGGAACAGUAAGGUGGGAGUUUGGGAGGCAAGGGUAGGGUGACCCAUCACGGGUGCGGCCUGGUCCCCUAAGUGACUGAAUCCUCCUGUGCAGGGCAACUGCUCUCUUGGUGUUACAGCUGGUUUUCCACAAAGUGUUUUCAUCCCUGUCUCCUCCCAUCUUCUCAGUGAGGACAGCAGGGCCAGUCUCUGCCCCCAUUUCCAAGAUGGGAACACCAAGGCCCAGCAUUUCGGGCACUCUUGGUCAAGCUUUCUCAGCUACCAAGGGGUCAGUCAGACCCACAAGUCAGAUCCCCUGCCUCUCAGCCCAGAGCCCUCUGAAAUCCCCUGCACACUAUGGUUUACACCACCCAGGGCUGUCGUUAAAAUUAAAACUCCCAGUCAAGCGGCCAGGGAGGGUUUCUUAGCAAAAGAACAAUGUGUGGGAGGAAGGGAAGAGGGGAGAGGAUGUCAUUUGUUCUCAUCUAGCUGGUUGCCAGAGGAAACCAUGUAGCUGCCCCCUUUUUGAUGAACGCGAUCGCUCUGGGGAACAGCGGGGUGUGCAAGCUGAGUCUAGCUGGCUGAAAUGAGGGUGAACAGAAAAACCUGUAAAUAUAUCAGAGUCAGGACACACUACAGAGAGAACCUGCAGUUUUCUCUUUGCCACCUGCCCGCGGCCUUUCUGCUGCCAGACAUUUGUCCCAAGGGUGAAUCGGAGAUGUGGUGCUAGCUGACCCAACACCAAACCAACGCAAUGGUGCUGCCUUGUGGCGGGAGUUGGCUCCUGAGCCUGGGGUAAGGGAGGGUCUGGUCCCAAGCCCAGGGCUCCCCCUGGGGGGGGGGGGGAGUAGGACCCAGGAAGCCCUUGGAAGUUCUCAUGGAGGUGCUGGCAGACACUCUGGGCUCACCUUCCACCCACACUUAAUGGAGG